CAUUCUCCAGGCGCUCCCCGCCUCUCCCCACCCUGCGAGGGGCGUUGGUACAUUCCCGCUGACUCGGAGAGCUUAAAAAGGGCCGGGAAGGCUGCGCCCUGUAGGUUCGAACCUGAUUAGCGUUCGCGGCGCGUUCCCCGCAAGCCCGGGUCCACCUCGCUGCCCGGGCGGGGGGCUCCUGAUUUCCCGGCGGGGCUUGCUUCAAGCCGUGACCCUCGAGUCUUGGGGGGUUUGUGUGCGUGCCCCCCUCUAGCUGGCGGCUGGGGUCCUCGCCUCUCGCGCUCCUCCGCUCGCCCAGCCCGUGCGCCCCCGCGCGCGCAGCCAGCUCCGCCAGGGAUGGAGCAGACCGAGGUGCUGAAGCCACAGACCCUGGACGAUCUGAUCCGCAUCCUGCACCAGCUCUUCGCCGGCGAUGAGGUCAACGUGGAGGAGGUGCAGGCCGUCAUGGAAGCUUACGAGAGCGACCACGCCGAGUGGGCCAAGUACGCCAAGUUCGACCAAUACAGGUAUACCCGAAAUCUUGUGGAUCAAGGAAAUGGGAAAUUCAAUCUAAUGAUCCUAUGUUGGGGUGAAGGACAUGGCAGCAGUAUCCAUGACCAUACCGACUCCCACUGCUUUCUGAAGAUGCUUCAGGGAAAUCUAAAGGAGACAUUAUUUGCCUGGCCUGACAAAAAAUCCAUUGAGAUGACCAAGAAGUCUGAAAGAGUCUUGAGGGAAAACCAGUGUGCCUACAUCAAUGAUUCCAUUGGUUUACACCGAGUAGAGAAUAUUAGCCACACAGAACCUGCUGUGAGUCUUCACUUAUACAGCCCACCUUUUGACACGUGCCAUGCCUUUGAUCAAAGAACAGGACAUAAAAAUAAAGUCACCAUGACAUUCCACAGCAAAUUUGGAAUGAGAACUCCAUUUACAACUUCGGGGUCACUGGAGAACAAUUAAGGAGCGCCAAACACGCUAAGGUUUUAAAGUCCGCUGAAAGUUUUGCCCUGGUCAAGAAAGCCUCCCAUCAUUUGCUGUCCAGUAAUAUACUUUAAAGUGUCAGUUCUUAGAUCAGUUAUAAGGCAAAUGCUAGUCAUAAGGCACUAAGUAAGCCAAUAGUUCCCAGAGCUACUGCAAGAGAAAAAUCCCAGUAAGGAAGAGAGGGGAAAGGCUUGUGAUUUUAAAGGCCAAAUCAAGUGCUUUCCUGGUUUUAUACUUUAAAUCUGUUGGAAGCAUACUGGGAAUGUCGAGAAAGGUAUGAUAGCUUUUGGGAAACACUUUGGUCUCUGAACUAUCAUUAGCAAUAAAUAAGCCCAGGCCUCACAGACAUCUAGUGCCUGCCUUCUAUCGUGGAGGACUAAAUGUAGAUGUCUUUAAUAUGCUUUGUAUCUUCUUACUAGUGGAACAGACUUUUUUCAAUCUGUGGAUUUUAUUUUUUCAAUCUUAUUUUACAAAUUCCUCUUCUAUAAAGAAUAGGCUAUUGUAGAUAGAGAAACUUUAGGUACUUUGCCAUUUGGCAAUGCAAUGAAGGGCAGAGAAUUUAGAACAAUACAUGUACCCAAACCCAUAAGAAGCGAAAAACACAAAAUCUUGUCUAAGGUAUCCAGGGAUCAUAUUUGAGGACUUUGUACUGCUAGUGAUAUUCCCAAAUAAUUUUAAUAAAACUGGAUUUGAACACAGUUUGGCGUUGUCUUUCUGUUUAACAUGUUUCAAGUUUAAUCUAAUUCAUAAUUUCCCGUACUUGUGUAGACUACCAAAAGCACUGCAAAAGAUGUUUUUAUGGUGUAAGAAUAUGAGAGGGUCAAAAACAUGUGUGUCUUUGGCCUCCCUGGUGGCGCAGCGGUUGAGGGCUGGGUUGUGAGGCUGCCCGCAGCCUCUGCAGCACCAGUUCAAUCUCUGGCCACCGGUCAAAGGUCCCACAUGGUGCGCAGACCUCUCCUGCCACACGCUGCUCCCCUCAGCAGUGUAUCGUCAGUCUGCCUGUUUUGUUCCCCGCUCUGGCUCUGGUGAAUUCUCUCACCCUUCUGCACUUCUGACUGUACCCAG